UGCCUUCUAUAUAUUAUUUUCCUUUCUAACUUCCUCUGUUCUUCUCAUUUCCAGAAAUGGAAGGAAUUGCAGCAGCUAAUUUUGGCCGUCGUAAACUUAUUCAUCUGGUGAGGCAUGCGCAGGGCAAGCACAAUCUGGAAGCAGAGAAGAGUCGAGAUCCAUUAACAUCGUUUGACUAUUUGGAUGCUGAACUCUCUCCUCUAGGCUGGCAACAGGUUCGUGAUCAACGAAAAGAUGUUUGUUCAACUGGAUUGCUAAAGGGGAUUGAAGUGGUGAUUUCUUCGCCUAUGUCAAGGACACUGCAAACAGCUGUUGGAAUUUUUCACGGUGAAGACGGUGAAGAUUCGACAAUCGUCUGUCGGGCUCCGAUUAUAGCAUAUGAACUUUGCCGAGAACGACUGGGAAAAUUUGAAUGCGACAAAAGAAGGAGCAUCAGCCAUUACCGGUCCUGUUUCCCCGCUGUUGAUUUUUCAUUGAUCGAAAAUGAAGAUGACGUUUUGUGGAAAGGCGGUGAUCAAAUAGAAACACACGAAGCAGUGAGAGCUAGGGCUAUGAAGUUUACCCAAUGGUUGUGGGAGAGGGAAGAAAAGGAGAUAGCAGUGGUGAGCCAUGGAGUGUAUUUGCAGCAGGCAAUGAUCGAACUUGUUAAAAAUAAUUUGUGUUACCCUUUACACAGUGAUCCUCUCCCCCGCUUUAAAAAUUGUGAAAUCCGAUCGGUGUUCCUUUUUUCUGAGAGGUGAGGCCAUAUCUUCUGCAAUAAAAACGAAAAGUUUGUUGUUUCAGUGGAAGAAUGAGAAUCCCUUGUGACAUUGAACAAAUCCAAAUCAAAGAUUCUGCCGAAGAGGAUGUUUUAGUGGAGGAACUAGAGGUCGCAAAUUAAUCAACAAAAUUUGUCACUUCAUCUCUUCUCUAACCAAUGAAAACCACAUUGUGUUUGGACCCAAUAAUUUCUGAAUUUAUCGUGUUCUAAUCAUAUUUUAAAUAUCUAAUUCUUUUUUAAAUA